AGGAAGUCGCGACAGGCGCGAGCGACACGCCCUCAGAAACCUGAAGAGUUAUUUUCCUCUGUCGACUCUUAGUUUCGGCGUCACACACGACGUUUUCGCGCCAGACAGACAUUUAUGGGCACUUUUACCGGAGAGAUAAUUAUUUUAAAGACACCAGGAGAUUUGCCUUCGUCGUAACCUCACCGGAGUACAUUUUUUUACAUUUAUUUAUAGCUUUUCUGUUCGUUGACAAACACAAGACUAAACUCUCGGGGACCAAAGGCCUGCAGGUGGAUCUCGGAAAACGCACCAGACACUACGAGAAAUCAACAAGAGAAAAAAGAAGAAGGAGCAGGAGGAGGAGGAGGAGGAGGAGAAGUAGUUCAGGUGUUUUUGGGUCCUUAGUCCAGCGUUUACCUCCUAAUGGACUACAUGGACAGUGGACUCCGAUACACGCCGAAGUCGGACAAGGACUGGGACAACACCAUCCAGUUCCUGCCCGCAUCGGACAACAAAAAGCUUGAGAAGAAGAAGGGCCCGGGGACAGUUGGGGCUGUGAUCGGCGUGGUGAUCUUUCUUGCCGUCAUCGCUCUAAUGACCGGACUGCUAGUCUGGCAUUUCCACUUCCGUAAAGAUGUGAAACUUAAAAGGAUGUACAGCGGCUCCAUGCGGAUCACCAACCAGGCUUUUGUAGAUGCCUACGAGAGUUCCAACAGCUCCGAGUUCAAGGCGCUGGCGACGCAGGUGACUUCACAGCUUAAAUCCAUCUAUUCCAAGAGUCCACAGUUGGCCAAAUACUAUGUUGGCUCUACAGUUCAGGCUUUCAGUGAAGGCAGUGUUAUUGGCUACUACCUGUCAGAGUUCCAAGUCCCUAAAGGCCAAGAGGCCUCUGUCGACUCUGCCAUGUCUUCAAUGGACAAGCUAGUGGACAAAGAGAAGCGAAUCCGUUCCAGACCUAGCAACUCUCUGGUCCUUGAAGAUGUGAGAUCUUCAGCACUCGAUACCCGACUCAUUUCAACACCAUUCAGCAGAGUUUUGAGGUUUUCAGAACAUACAAAGCCCAAUAAAAUCGGACAGAUCCAGUCUCCUGGCUUCCCUAACAGUCCAUAUGCCCCCAACACCUUCAUCGAGUGGCAGCUGAGAGCCGACCCCGGAAACGUCAUCAAGCUCGACUUUGACACGAUGAAUCUAGAAGAGGACUGCAGUAAUGAUUUUAUCAAAAUCUACGACUCCUUGGUGGCCAUCGAGAGCAGCGCCAUGGAAGAAAUGUGUGGAUACUACUCACCUAGUCAACCUUUGACCUUUCUGUCUUCUCGCAAUGUCAUGCUUGUGACGAUGGCCUCAAAUGAAGAAAAAAACUACCCAGGUUUUAGAGCAAAAAUCUCACAAGUCCAGCGUGGAAGUAAAGAUAUAACAUGCGGUGGCAAGCUGACUGGUGCAACGGGCACCUUUACUUCUCCCAACUUUCCAAGUUAUUAUCCUCCUCAGAUUACGUGUCAGUGGUCGAUCGAGGUCUCUCCUGGUUAUGCAGUAAAGGUGACGUUCAAGAAGUUCCUCCUGUCUGAGCCCGGGAUGGAGGACAGUAGGGACUGUAAGAAAGACUAUGUGCAGGUUAACGGAAAGAAAUUGUGUGGAGAAAAGCCUGACGGAACAGUGACAGAAACCAGUCAGACAAACACCAUGAGCGUGGAGUUUUUCUCUGAUGCCUCCUAUGUGGACCGAGGCUUUAGUGCAACCUAUGAGGCCAUCGACGUCAAAGACCCUUGUCCGAGCCAGUUCCAGUGCGAAAAUCAGAGGUGCAUUAAAACAGCGCUCCAGUGUGAUGGCUGGAAUGACUGUGGAGACAUGAGUGAUGAAUUAAAAUGCACAUGCAAGCCACAGGAUAUCAGUUGUAAAAAUGGGUUGUGCAAGCCCAUGUUCUGGAAAUGUGACGGCGUAGACGACUGUGGAGACCUCACAGACGAGCUGAACUGUGGUGGAUGCACAUCCGGACAAUUUACAUGUAAGAAUAACAAAUGUGUGUCUGAGAAGCUUCAAUGUGACGGCACAGACAACUGUGGGGACGGGUCAGAUGAGCUCAACUGUGGGAGAGGCACUAAUGAUGCAGAGACCGUCUGCAGUGAUCUCACUUAUAGAUGUAAAAACGAUAAAUGCAUUAGUAAGGUGAACCCAGAAUGCGACGGGGAACCGGACUGCACAGAUGGCUCUGAUGAGGAGAACUGCGACUGCGGAAGGAGUUUGUUUAAGACGUCGCGUAUUGUGGGCGGCGAGAAUACAGAAGAAGGGGAGUUUCCCUGGCAGGUCAGCCUCCACGUCAAAGGUUCCGGCCACGUGUGUGGAGCGUCCAUCAUCAGUCCAAAGUGGCUGGUCACUGCUGCCCACUGUGUGCAGGAUGACGGACGAACAAGGUACUCGCAGCCCGGCACUUGGGAAGCUUACCUCGGCCUUCACAUCCAAGGAAAUAUUGGAAAGACCGUAGUGAAGAGGAACCUGAAGCAGAUCAUACCCCACGUUAACUACAACGCAUAUACCUACGACAAUGACAUCGCCCUGAUGGAGCUGGACAGUCCUGUCACAUACUCAGAUUACAUCAGACCCAUCUGCCUGCCGGCCCCCCAACAUGAUUUUCCAGCAGGGAGCAAUGUGUGGAUCACAGGGUGGGGCGCCACCCGAGAAGGAGGAUUUGCUGCAAAAGUGCUCCAAAAGGCCGACGUUCGAAUCAUCAACCACACGGUGUGCAACACUUUGAUGAAAGGACAGAUAACUUCUCGCAUGUUGUGUGCCGGAGUGCUGACCGGAGGCGUUGAUGCUUGUCAGGGGGACUCUGGCGGCCCUCUGUCCAGUCCGGCCGGCAGUCGUAUGUUCCUGGCAGGAGUGGUGAGUUGGGGCGAUGGCUGUGCCCGGAGGGACAAACCUGGCAUCUACACAACUGUCACCAAAUUCCGUGGGUGGGUGAAAGAAAAGACCGGAGUGUAGACCACUGCAAAAUAAUCCAAUAAGUUCAUAGUGACAUGAACACGGACUUAUGACAAGCAAUGUACGGAUUGCGGCUCCACCACACUGACUUGGCAGCUCACGUCGUGGCGCUGAAUUGCGGUCCCAGCUGCAGUGGAAAACCAAUUGACACACAUUUUAUGACUGGGAUUUUAUCAGGGUGGGGUCGAUGACAUUUUUAAAAUGUAAAUAAAGGUUUUUGUGUGGACUGUUUUGGCCUUUGUUUUUAGCUUGUUUUAAUGGAGGAAAAUGUUGUGUGCUGCCCGUAAAUUAGAUUUUAGGUGUUACACAUGUAGACAAAUUCAUUGAGUCCUCACAAUCUGCUGUCUUGUGUUUUAUUGGUACAAACUAUACAAAUUUCCUAUCAGUUUCCUUGUUAUUCUGUUCUGAAUUUCAUAAAUGAAAAAACAAAUGACAGCAGGCUCUUUCCAUCUUACCUCCUAUGGCUUGGUAUAUUGUCUUAUUAGUGAUUUUUAUUUUUCGUCAAGCAGAAAUCCCUGAAAAGGUGGAUGUGAUUGUUCUCUUAUGAAAGCAUAGUCCUUCUAAUCAUUCAUGCCUUUUUCCAUUUGUAUAGUGAAUAUCAGCAUAAAAUAUAUUGGCAUGAAUAAGUACAGUAUCAUUCAAAAGUUUGGACACUUUCUCAUUGAAUGAGAACGCGUACAAACUUUUCACUGUUACUGUUGGUUUUGAAUGAGAUCUUUUCUUUUAUGCUUCAUAUGAUCUGUCCUGAAUCUGUAUAAAUGUGGUUUUAUAGCUAAUAUUUUUAAAUAAAAAAUUCUAACAUAACCUCCAAUUUAUGUUUUCGUGCUAUGA